AUGGGACAACGCUCUCGAUUUUGUCGAACCGCUAAAAUCUAUGUACUUGAUGCAAGUACUUUGCGUUGCAGGUAUACGAUAACAAAGUACAAAUUCUUUGAAUUGUUAUGCGUGAAAUUGGAGCCGGGACCGCUGCACGACAACGAUUUCGCCGUCGAGGAAUUGGUCGAAUGCCUUAAAGAUCUCGAACAUAUCUGCCCAACGCCUGAAGAUUAUCGCCACCUUUGCGCACUGCUCACACUGCCGAAACUCUCCGAUCACGCAGAAUUCAAGAACUGGAACCCGUCGUCAGCGAGAGUGGAAUGCUUUCACAAGGUGAGCCCAUUAACGAUCUGCGGUUACCAAUAG